AUGGAGACGACCCUUCAUCCCAGCGCUGCCUGGGAAAGCGUGGGCGACAAGUGGUUCCGCAAGACGCAGCUGUACACCGAAGUGUUCGACCAGGACAUCGACCUCGACAACUACAUUGUGGCCGGAGCGCCCUACGGCGGAGCGCUGGCCCUGUUCCGCGAUGAGACCAAGCUGCACGAGUACCGGCCCGGACGGUCAUCCAAGCCCGUCAUCGACAUCUACACCCUGGCCGGCAAGAAGUUGCGGGCCAUUCCCUGGGACAAAGGGCCGAUAAAGGGACUGGGGUGGUCCGAGGACGAGACGCUGCUGGUCGUCACGGCAGACGGAGGGGUGCGCUGCUACGACCUCCAGGGCGAUUUUAGCCAUUUCUCACUCGGCCACGGCGCCGAUGUUCACGGUGUCAGGUCGUGUCGCUUCUACGAUACCGGAAUGGUCGCCCUUCUCGAGAACAAUACCCUGAUAUCAGUCACUUCGUAUACCGAGCCGAGACCGAAACAGCUGGCGUCGCUGCCGCGGCAGCUGGCCGACGACGACGGUGAUGACCAUAUUCACUCAUGGGGCGUCAUGUCGCCCAACCACACUCUCUCGCGGUCCGUCGAGGUCCUUCUGAGCGUCGGGUCGACCGUCUACAUCGUCGACUCCAACGAUUGCGAGGACCGGUUCCUCGACAUUGGGCCUUUUAGCCACAUCAGCGUGUCGCCCGAUGGGCAGUUUGUCAACCUGUACGGCCAAAAUGGCAAGGCUCACAUCAUCUCGAGCGACUUCCAGGAGAGGAUCUUUGAGCACGACUCCGACUCCAGCACGCCGCCGCUGUACGUCGAGUGGUGCGGGAGCGAUCCGCUCAUUGCGUGGGAGGACGAGGUGCACAUCAUCGGGCCGGGCGACGUCUCGUCGUCUUACAUCUACGACAGCACGCGCGUGCAUGUGUUUUCCGAGUACGACGGAGCGCGUCUGAUCACAAACGACUUUUGCGAGUUCCUGGAGCGAGUACCGCAGGAGACGCUGGACGUCCUGGGCCCGGCGUCGGAGUCGAGCCCGGCGUCGAUACUGCUGGACGCCGUAGGCCAGCUGGAGAUGGAGUCGCCCAAGGCAGACGACUACAUCCAGCUGAUUCGGCCGAACCUGACGGACGCGGUAGACACGUGCGUCAACGCGGCGGGGCGCGAAUUCGAGGCGUACUGGCAGAAGCGGCUGCUCAAGGCGGCGUCAUUUGGCAAGUCGGUGCUGGACAUGUACAACAGCGACGACUUUGUCGACAUGUGCGAGACGCUGAGGGUGCUGAACGCGGUGCGGUUCUACGAGACGGGUAUGCCCCUGUCGUACGAGCAGUACCACCGUCUGACGCCGGAGAAGGUGGUGGGGCGGCUGCUGAACCGGCACGAGUACCUGCUGGCGCUCAAGAUUGCGGGGUACCUGAACCUGCCGACGGACAGGAUCUACGUGCACUGGGCGUCGAGCAAGGUGCGCAUGGGGACCGAGGACGACGAGACCAUCUGCCGGAUGGUGGUGGAGCGGCUGGCGGGCAAGCCGGGCAUCUCGUUCGAGGAGAUUGCGCGGGCGGCGUACCACGAGGGCCGCGGGCGGCUGGCGACGGAACUGCUCAACCACGAGCCCCGGGCGGGGCGGCAGGUGCCCCUCCUCCUGGACAUGGACGAGGACGAGCUGGCGCUGGACAAGGCGGUGGAGAGCGGCGACACGGACCUGAUGCUGUCGGUGCUGCUGAAGCUGCGCAAGAAGCUCCCGCUGGCCGCCUUCUUCCGCACGCUCAACCCGCGGCCGACGGCGACGGCGCUCGUCGAGGCCGCGGCGCUGGCGGAGAGCGACAACGGCACGCUCAAGGACCUGUACUACCAGGACGACAGGCGCGUGGACGGCGCGGCCGUCUUCGUCCGCGAGUCGCUCGCGCAGCCGUCGCCGCGCACGGCGUCGGACAAGCUCGCCCUGGCGGCCAAGCUGGUGUCGGACUCGCGGGAGACGUCGUUUGAGCUGCAAUCGCUCAAGGAGGCGGCCACGCUGCUGCGCAUGCAGGACGCCCUCGACAGGGACCUCACGGACUCGUUUACGGGCCUCAGCGUCAACGAGACCAUGUUUAAGCUGAUCAACCUGGGCUUCUACGGGAGGGCGAAGAAGAUACAGAGCGAGUUCAAGCUGAUCAACCUGGGCUUCUACGGGAGGGCGAAGAAGAUACAGAGCGAGUUCAAGGUACCUGAAAAGGUGGCGUGCUGGAUCCGAUUACGUGCCCUCGUGGCCAAGAGAGAUUGGCAUGAGAUCGAAGACAUUUCCAAGUCGAGGAACAGUCCCAUCGGAUGGGAGCCUUACUUUGACUUGGUCUUACAAGCGGGAAAUCAAAAGGUAGCGGCCAUCUUCAUACCGAAAUGCACGAGGCUAGAGCAAGGGGCUACGAUUGAAAUGUACGAAAAGUGCGGCAUGAGGUUGAGGGCGGCGGAGGAGGCCACCAGAUUGAAGGAUGCGGAGGCUUGGCAGAGGUUACUCGAGGCGGCGGGACGUGAUACGCAGGAGGGAAGGGAGAUUGAGAGGCUGGGAAAUGCGGUGUUUAAGAAGUGA